AACCAGCCCACCAAGGAGGCGGGGCCAGGGACAGUAGAGACUGACGGAGCUCCUCGCUGAAGACCGCUGCUCUCCUCAUCCGCGGAACACGACAACAACAAACGGGUUGUUUUCGCACCGCAUCGGGGAUUUAAACGUGUUGGGUUCGGGUCAGCAGCAGGCGACAUCAUGACGGAACUACGACACCGCGGAGCGACCGACGCCGACCCGCCGUCAGAGGACAAGGGGUCCGAGGGCGAGCUGAAGGACGGAGCGUCCGACAGCGACUCCAAGGUGGACUCGGGCCGCCCCGGGGCGCCCGUGACGUCUGACGACACCCCAGAGGUCCUGAACAAGGCGCUGUCGGGGCUCUCCUCAAGAUGGAGGAACUGGUGGGUGCGGGGGAUCCUCACCAUGGCCAUGAUCUCCUUCUUCUUCUUCAUCAUCUACAUGGGCCCCAUCGUGCUCAUGAUGAUCGUCCUCUGUGUUCAGAUCAAAUGCUUCCAGGAGAUCAUCCACAUUGGCUACAGUGUGUACCACUCCUACCAUCUGCCCUGGUUCAGAAGCCUCAGCUGGUACUUCCUGCUGUGCGUCAACUACUUCUUCUACGGAGAGACGGUCACGGACUACUUCUUCAGCCUGGUCCAGAGGGAGGAGCCUCUGCGCAUCCUCAGCAAAUACCAUCGCUUCAUCUCCUUCGCGCUCUACCUCACGGGUUUCUGUAUGUUUGUCCUCAGCCUGGUGAAGAAGCACUACCGCCUGCAGUUCUACAUGUUCGGCUGGACCCACGUGACCCUGCUGAUAGUAGUGACCCAGUCCCACCUCAUCAUCCACAACCUGUUUGAGGGGAUGAUCUGGUUCAUCGUGCCCAUCUCCUGCGUCAUCUGCAACGACAUCAUGGCCUACAUGUUCGGAUUCUUCUUCGGACGCACCCCCCUCAUCAAGUUGUCCCCGAAGAAGACGUGGGAGGGAUUUAUCGGAGGGUUCUUCGCCACCGUCGUGUUCGGAAUCCUGCUGUCCUACGUGAUGGCGGGCUACCGGUACUUUGUGUGUCCCGUGGAGUUCAACAACGACACCAACCGGUUCCAGGUGGACUGCGAGCCCUCUGAACUCUUCCAGCUGACGGACUACGUCCUGCCCGCGUUCCUGGAGUCCUUCACCGGAUGGACCACGGUGAGGCUCUACCCCUUCCAGAUCCACAGUGUGGCCCUGUCGGCCUUCGCCUCCAUCAUGGGGCCCUUCGGAGGCUUCUUCGCCAGCGGCUUCAAGAGGGCCUUCAAGAUCAAGGACUUUGCCAACACCAUCCCGGGUCACGGGGGCAUCAUGGACCGCUUCGACUGCCAGUACCUGAUGGCCACCUUCGUCAACGUCUACAUCGCCAGCUUCAUCAGGGGUCCCAACCCCAGCAAGGUGAUCCAGCAGCUGCUGGCGCUGCGCCCAGACCAGCAGCUCUACAUCUUCAACUCCCUGAAGACGCACCUCACCGAGAGGGGCCUGCUGCCCGCCCUGGAGGGGGCUGCGGCCUAGAGCCCACCCCCCACCACCUCCCCACUGCCGUGUGUGUGUGUGUGUGUGUGUGUGUGUGUGUGUGUGUGUGUGUGUGUGUGUGUGUGUGUGUGUGUGUGUGUGUGUGUGUGUGUGUGUGUGUGUGUGUGUGUGUGUGUGUGUGUGUGUGUGAGUGACGAAAAGAAAUGUCCCAAGAAAUAAGAGGAAAUGUCAGGAAACGUCCCAAGAAAGGAUGAAUGAACCGUGACUUAUUGCCUCGUGUGUGUGCAGAGGUGUGUGUGUGUGUAGGGUUAGCUCAUAGAAUAGCGUGCUAUUCUUCGUUUUAACAGAUGGAUUUUCCAGCGUCGGUAUCUCCCAGCAGUCUGUUUCUGUCUGCAAACAACCUAUCUAUACACGCGUGUUAGUGUGGGAACAUGAGAUAUUGAAUAUAUCUGUGUGUGUUUGUAAUGUUUCCUGGUACCAGUUUUAUUUCGUUGGUUUGUUUCAAUGCACUGCCGCUAGACAUUUCUCACAAGCUGUUCUGCCACGCCCGCCUGUUUUUGAUUUCCCACGAUUCAGUUUCAUAUAUCUAACCCGUUGGUGUUUCUAACUCUGUUCUGUGGCGUCUGUCAUGUCGUGCUGUGAUUCUCUGGGAACAAUUCAAUCGAUGGUCCAUUAAGUUUUAUUGUGCUGCAAGUUUCUAUUGUAGAAGUAUUUUUCCUAUUCCACGCCAAACGCUGGUAGAGUUUAUCUAUCGUACGAUGAGAUGGUGUCAUUUAGUUCGUAGAUGGAGCGGACGUUUUAAAAGCAAGGCAUCACUCCCCCUUGUGGCCAAAAGGAGGUACUGAACACCGUUAUUGAUAUGAUGGCCAAGCAGGAUGAACGCUGUGGUGUGGGUUCAUGCUGCUGCUUGCGAUGGGCCUUGAUCCAUUGACACAUCAUUGUUUGGCUGUGCUACUCGGCCAAAUGUUACAGGCUCCAUCUUAAACACUUAAGUGAGGGAUUUCAAACCAUUUGCUCUUAGAGAAAAACUAUAGAAACAGAAGGAAAGGGAAGACAGCGGGAGCAACGCUCUGUUAAAAGCGUUCUACUGUUAAACGCACUUAUCUUGUUAAAGUGGUGGACUCGGUGUGUCCCUGCUGUGGUUAGUUCUUUGUUCUCGUGGCCAUCAAGGCGCCCCCCUGGGGCUGAAGCCCAUCGGGGUGAGGACGCCUCAGGUGUGUCUCCUGCACUGCCAACACUCAUUAGAAUGAGACGUCUAACCGGGGCCAUAGCCUCCAGACCGGACCAGCACCCGGACUGGUUCUGGACCAGCAACCAGACUGGUAUCGGACCAGUAUUCCAUCUGCCACUCGAUGGUUCUUCACAUUCAAAGGGUCAAAGGGUUUCUGUGUUUUUGUGAUCAUGUUUUUGUUUGGGUCAUUGUUUGGGGGGUUUCUGUAGCGAUGUGUUCAGUUUGUUACGUGUCGUGUGUUUUCAGACGUUUAGUGGUCGAAUGUCCUGCACUGUCCUGCUCCUGAAGCGCUUCAGCUGCCCACGCCAAAGCCCUGUCGUGUGAUUCAAAGCGUGUGGGAUCACGUUCCGUUCGUUUGAUGAUCCACAGGAGCAGGGGCCGGAUGGAGGUCUUCUACAAUGUUACACUUUGACCUCUGGUCUGUUGCUGAUAGUGUUCCAACUCCUUAGCUAUCGGUGUGUCUGUUACGAAAUAUUCCAUUAAUUAGAUUUUUUCUUUUUAAUAUAUAUACAUUAAUAUUAAAACAUUUUGCCAUCAGCAGUCUAACCCUCAGCCAUAAGGAUCUUCUGCCAAGCUGUUUGGAAAGCUCCCCUGUAACCUGGUGACCUCACAGGUGGUGGUGCUCACCGAGAUGCAUGCUGGAUAGCUCAGUCUUGACAGCCUAUCUACUGGACUGUAGCAAAAUAGGUUAAAAAUGUCACCUAAACAACGCCCCCUCUGGUGAAACACUGGUCAAGCAAUGGUUAUGAUUUCCUUCUGAUUGGCUGACUGUUAGCUUUCUCGGCACUAAUUGAACCAAUCAAACCAUUGUGUGGUUUGGCGCUGUUAUUUAGUAACUGUCAAUUUGAGCCGAGGUCCUAUCUUGUCUUGUUGACCAUUGGACAGUAAUAUUAAAGUUAUGCCUACACAGCAUACAUCUAACAUUUCAUUUUAUUCAUGUUUCCAUCAAUUCAAGUACUUAUAUGAAAUAUAAUGCUGUGCACAUUUGCAUUUGCAGAUGAUAUAAAGUAUUGCUGUGCUUUUACUUUGCUACACAAAUUUCUAUAUAUAUAAGAUCUAUUAUGAUCCAAUUUCAGAAGGUUUAGCCAUAGUUUGUGUUUUUCCUCAAUGUAAAGAAUUUAAAAAUAUAUAUAUUUAAGUAUAAUGCCAAUAGCGAAGCGUGUUGAAUUUUUAAAUAUUUAUCUCAAGGGUUUUUGAUUAGUUUUGUUCAAGGUUAAGCUGGGCUUUAUAGGAAACACAAACAUUUAAGCAGCCGUUAGUGCUUGACCUCAACCAGUGUGAACAGUAGAACUAGUUGUGACAUUUCUCCGUCCUGUUUUUUGGGUGACCACAAGAGGGCGCCACAUCCGCCUGUCAGUGUCCGUAUGCGGAACGAAGUCCCGUCGUAAGAAGUAUUUGACCUCUUGCUGUGUCACUGUUGUUUCAAACAUUCCUCAAUUCAACGAACACCCUUGGGUUAAGAAAGGGGCACAUUCCACUGAAAAAGUCAAUGUCCCAAUCUGAAACCAACACAAGCACUCUUCUUCUGUUGGACGACAGACUGCCAUGGGGAAUUCACAGGAGUUGUGCGGCCUGACCUAAGAAAGGUUACAAAGUUACAUUUGCUUUUAAAUAGAUUGUGCUUAUUACUGUUCAAUAGGUUUGUGUUCAGUUGUGGGCCCCAGAAGCUGUUGUAUCUAUUUACAUGUGUUUUGCUUUUUGUUUCCUCAAAUACAAUAAAAGGAAAAAAGAAAGA